AGAAAAACUGAAAUGAUGAAGAAUCGGAUACUGUUUUUUUUCUUGCUGCCUUUGUUUUGUGGGGCCAUCUCCCAGCAGAUCCAGUACGCAGUUCCGGAAGAGAUAGCCAAGGGCUCAUGGGUGGAGAAUCUUGCCAAGGAUCUGAGGCUCAGUGUCCAGGAGUUGCCAGCUCAAAAACUGCGAGUUAGUGCAGAGGAUUUUUGCAAUGUGAGUGUACAGAGCGGAGAUUUAUUAAUGAGUGGUAGGAUAGAUGGAGAGAAAAUUUGCGGGAGUAAAUCCGAGUGUGCACUAGAGUUUGAACUGGUGGCUGACAACCCAAUGAAUGUGAUUGUUGCAAUUCAAGAUAUAAAUGACAAUGCACCAUAUUUCACUGCUAAAAGCAUUGACUUGGAAAUCUAUGAGUCAGCCUUACUAGGGGUAAAAUUCCCUCUGGAUUCUGCACAAGACCCGGAUGUAGAAAGUAACUCACUGAAGUAACAUAUCAAUUCCAAUGAACACUUCUCUCUGUCAACGAAGGAGAGUCCCAAUGGAAGUAAAUACCCAGAAUUAAUGCUGGUAAAACCUCUGGACAGGGAACGACAGAGCUUCCUCCACUUAAUCCUAACUGCCAAGGAUGGUGGGGACCCUCCACUAAGCGGCACCACCCAGAUCCGUAUCCAGGUCACUGAUGCCAGUGAUAAUGCUCCAUUCUUCACAGACACAUACAGAGUUAGCCUGCAAGAAAAUGUGCCCUGGGGAACCUCUGUGUUACGGGUGAUGGCCACUGACCGGGACGAGGGCAUUAAUGCAGAGAUCAUGCCUUCCUCAAUGCCCCCAACAAGUACCAGCCUCCUCUUCAAUCUCAAUGCAAUUACCAGCGACAUCAAAACCAAUGGCACACUGGACUUCGAAGAGACAAGUAGAUAUAUGUUGGGUGUAGAAGCCAAAGAUGGAGGGAUGCACACGGCUCACUGUACUGUUUAGAUUGAGAUUGUUGAUGAGAACGACAAUGCCCCAGAGUUGAAAUUCAUUUCCUUUUCUAACCAUAUUCCAGAAGACUUAGACCUUGGAACUGUAAUAGCUCUCAUUAAAGUGCGGUACCAGGAUUCUGGGCAAAAUGGUCUGGUGACAUGCUAUAUUCAGGAAGACGUUCCCUUCAAAUUAGAAUCCAACUCUAAGAAUUAUUACAAGCUGGUGAUUGACAAUGACCUAGACCAUGAACAGAUGGCAGAGUACAAUGUCACCAUCACAGCUACCGACAAGGGCAAGCCAUCCCUCUCCUCCAGGGCAAGCGUCAUCCUACACAUUGGCAACGUCAACGACAACGCGCCGGUUUUCCAGCAGGCCUCCUACGUGGUCCACGUGGCAGAGAACAACCCGCCCGGCGCCUCCAUCGCGCAAGUCAGCGCCUCCGACCCCGACCUGGGGCCCAACGGCCACGUCUCCUACUCCAUCGUGGCCAGCGACCUGGAGCCGCGGGCGCUGUGGUCCUACGUGUCGGUGAGCGCGCAGAGCGGCGCGGUGUUCGCGCAGCGCGCCUUCGACCACGAGCAGCUGCGCGCCUUCGAGCUGACGCUGCAGGCCCGCGACCAAGGCUCGCCCGCGCUCGGCGCCAACGUGAGCCUGCGCGUGCUGGUGGGCGACCGCAACGACAACGCGCCGAGGGUGCUGUACCCGACGCUGGGGCCCGACGGCUCGGCGCUCUUCGACACGGUGCCGCGCGCCGCGCAGCCCGGCUACCUGGUCACCAAGGUGGUGGCGGUGGACGCCGACUCGGGACACAACGCCUGGCUGUCCUACCACGUGCUGCAGGCCAGCGAGCCCGGCCUCUUCAGCCUGGGGCUGCGCACGGGCGAGGUGCGCACGGCGCGCGCCUUGGGCGACAGGGACGCGGCCAGACAGCGCCUGCUGGUCGCUGUGCGCGAUGGGGGACAGCCUCCCCUCUCGGCCACCGCCACGCUGCACCUGGUCUUCGCAGACAGCCUCCAAGACGUGCUGCCGGAUCUUAGCGACCGUCCCGCGCCCUCUGACCCCCAGGCUGAGCUGCAGUUUUACCUGGUGGUGGCCUUGGCCUUGAUCUCGGUGCUCUUCCUCCUCGCGGAGAUUCUGGCCGUUGGCCUGCGCCUGCAUCGCUCUUCAAGUCCCGGUGUCGGGGGAUGCUUCAGCCGUCUCAGUUCCAAGUGUGGAUCGAAGGUUCGCUCCAACUAUAAGGAGGGGACUUUGCCUUAUUCCUACAAUCUGUGCGUUGCCUUACAUUCAGCAAAGAUCAAAUUUAAUUUUCCUAACCUGACACCAGAAAUCUCUCCCCCUCACCAUCUUCUAUGUAAUGAUCCUUCUAUGGAUGUGUGUGCCAGUAAUGAAGACCCCAAAAUCGCAUAUUACCCCUCUUAUUCCUCUUACGUGAAUUUUUGCAAACCUACUGAAAUUUCAAAUGUUAUGUUUUAUUCUUAG